CUUCAGGUUCCAGGAAACUUAACCUUCUACUCACCCCUUCUCAUUUGUUUCUUACCCCUGAGUAUUGUACCUUAGACUUUACUGUACAACCAUACCUGUAAUUGUCUCUCUCCUUUCGACGGAGUUGACGUUCAUAGGUGCUACUAGGUAGUCCCUAAGUGAAUCAUUUGCAACUCACCCCCGCCCGCAAUCUGCGUAUCAUAAGAUGGCGAGAGUAAACUCCGCAGUGCAAAAUGAAACCACGUCACAAAGUACAAGCAAGGAGAUCACGAUCCUUACCUCUUCACUCUUCAACUCGAAGCAGAAACGUUUCCUCAAAAACAUAUCCCUCACAAUCGACACAAGCACCGGCCUAAUCACAAAAUUAGCACAAACACCCCCAUCUCACCAAGAUGACGUAGCAUCCCACCCUACCACAAUCGACCUCCGCAAUCUCACCGUCCUCCCGGGCCUAGUCGACGCCCACACCCACGUGUUCCUACACCCAUACUCCGAAGUCUCCCCACUAAACCAAAUGCGGGACGAAAGCUUCGUCGAGCGCAUCGUGCGGGCCACGAACCACGUCAAGGCCGCGCUGAUGGCAGGCUACACCACGUACCGCGACCUCGGCACCGAGGGUCUCCGCGACGCCGACGUCGCGUUCAGAGACACCAUCAACCGCGGCAUCAUCCCGGGCCCCCGGCUGCUCGUCGCAACCGAAUGCAUCGCCUCAAGCGGCGGCUACGAAAGCCGUCUAGAAAACAGCCUUCCGGGGAUCGGCGCCACAGCCCCGCGUCUCUCGGACCCAGCCGACGGCGUAGAGGGCGUUCGCGCCGCGGUGCGCAGACGUCUAGGCGCCGGCGCCGACAUCGUUAAGUUCUACGCGGACUACCGCAAGCGCGUGCUGCGGUUCCCGCAACCGGCUUGGCCGGGCGGAAAACAGAUCUGCUGCGCGCCGCCGUCAGAGGACAUGCUGAACUCGCAGCGGAACCCGAACGUGGUGCUAUUCACGCAAGAGGAGAUGAACGAGAUGGUCGUGGAGGCGAAGCGCGAGGGCGCUCCUAUCGCCGCGCACGCGGGGGACCCGGUGGCGGUGGUGAUGGCGGCGAAGGCGGGGGUUACGACUGUGGAGCACGGGUACGUGCCUAGUGAAGAGGCGCUGGUCGCGAUGAAAGAGAACGACACGAUUUUCGUGCCGACGCUGGCUGUUCUGCGGGGGUUUCUGGGCGAGGAGAGGAUGUUGGCGGUGCUGGGUCAUGCGAGGGCUGCGUUUGAGCGCGGGAUUAGGAUUGCGGCGGGGGGAGACACGGGGGCGUUUGCGCAUGGGGAGAAUGUGCUGGAGCUGGAGUUGAUGGUGAAGGCUGGGAUUCCAGUGCUUGAUGUCUUGCAGGCGGCUACGCUGCGUGGGUGGGAGGCAUGUGGUGGGGAUCUGAGUGGGCGUAGGUUUGGGGUUUUGGACGUGGGAUGCUCAGCUGAUAUUAUUGCGCUUGCUGGUGAUCCGACUGAGGACCUUAGUGCGCUUCGGAAGGUCAGCUUUGUGAUGAAGGAUGGGGUGGUUUAUAAGCGUGAUGGUAACGGGGUUUAAACAGCUCGUUAGAUGAAUAAAAGGAACAGGUGAGAAUCGGUUAAUUGUAUUAUAGGUCACAUUGUGUGUGCUUAGGUAAGCUCAGCUGCUGAGUCCGAGCCUGUAUUUAAUAACCCUGUUUGCAGAGGAUUGUUAGCGGAAGGGAUAAUUUAACUUAACCCGAGUAAGACUCCGAGAA